AUCCCCAGCCCUGGCAGCAAAAGCAAAAAAAAGAAAAAAGACCACCUACCAACGACGAUCGCCUCCCUCGUCGGCGGCGCAAGCUGACGUCGAUGGCAGUCCCCCCCAAACUUCCCCCCAACCCACAAUAUGCCCAGAUCCUUGCAUGACUGAACCGAGCGGGGCAUUUUCCCAUCUUGCAAUCGAGGAAUUGAGGUAAUCGAAAGUAAUCAAGGUAAACCGAAACAAAACGAUCUCUGGUCCCAAAUAACCGGCUGGGAUUGGUGGUGAAAGGGGUUGGUGGGAGUGGUGGAAGCCUGUAUGUAACAUGCACAACGCAAAGGAAAGAAAAAAGCCCUAUAUAGAUCUGCGACCCCGUAUCACCAGACCGGUAACAUCACCAGAUAUAUUCGUCCUUGUGCCCCCCAUCAAUCCUCCUUGAGAUUCUUCUUCUCUUUUUCUUUUUUCUUUCAUCAUGUCCGAGCAGACCAACAAUCCUUCCUCCAACCCUUCCACCCCUCAACAAGAGAACACUCCAGGCUCCCCCCAGCCCCAGGAGGAAGACCAGUCCGAGCAGCAGCAGCAGCAACAACCUGACCAGUCCAAGGAAGAAGACAACAACGACAACAACGAAUCGGAGCAAAAGCCCGACGAGGAAAAGGAAGACGAUAAGGAUAAGGAUCAAGAUCAAUCCCAAGAACAAGAUCAACCCCAAGACCAAGACCAAUCCAAGGACCAAGAUAAACCCGAGGAGAAGUCUCAAGAACCCGAGAUAAAGCAAGAAGAAGACGAAGAAGAAGGAGAAGGAGAAGCAGCCGAACCCCAGCCCAAGAAAGAAGAGCCCGAAUCCGACGCUCCUCAACCCAAGCAAGAACCCCAAUCCGAAGAAGCCGACAGCAAACCCAAGAAGGACCCACAGCAGCGCAAACGCCGUUCGCGUCCUCCCCAGAAACUUCACAGACAACAAGAAGAAUCCGACACGGAAUCAAUUCCCCGCAACAACAUGGACAACGGAGCCGUUGAGAAGCCCCGCCGCCAGCGCCGCCAGCGCACGCAGCAGCAGCAGCAAGGCGGCCAGGACGGCGGUCUGGGCGGCCUCCCCGGGGUCGGGCAGGCGGGCGAUCUCGUCCAGAACACGGCGGGUCAAGCCCUGGGCGGAGUCACCGGCGGAGCGGGCAAGACCGUCGGCGGCCUCCUCGGCGGCGGCGGCAAGCAGGAGGAAGGCGAUGGCAAGGACGAACAAUUGCGACUGCGUCUGGAUCUCAACCUGGACAUCGAGGUCCAAUUGAAGGCCAAGAUUCACGGUGAUUUGACUCUGGGCUUGUUUAGCUAACCACGUCCGAAAACUCACCGUAGGAACUAAACCACGACAGCACCCCUUUUUCGAUUCGAAAUCCGCCCUCCCCUUCCCGUUUUUCCCACACUUUCCUGACUCUGAAGCUUCACUUUCUAUUUUCAUUUCUUUUC